AUGAUUAGUGCCACAAAACGCUGGCUACGGAGGCAUCGCAGUGGGCUCGCAAUCGGGGCGGGCGUUGUGGGAGUUGGUUAUCUGGCUACACAAUAUGUCUUCUCUAAGAUCUCAGAAGCCAGCGAACGGAUGAGUAGCGAGAGGAUAGCGCGAGAAAAUCUCCGUCGUCGGUUCGAACAAAACCAAACCGAUUGUACAUUUACUGUCCUUGCCCUCCUUCCAACAGCGACAGAGAAUAUCCUUGGCGCACUACCAGUCGAACAGUUGACCAAUGAGCUCCAGCUCAAACGGGCAGCUAGGUUAGCCAGGCUUAGCGGAAGUGAAGUGCAAGGCUCAGAAGUGAGCUCGGGUCCGCCGAGUAUGACAGACGACGACGUUUCAAGUCUCAGGAGUGACAACUAUGUGCAUGCGAGCCAAGUGGUUGACGCAGCUACCGGAGACCAAGGGCAAAAGGCAAGAUCUCGGAUACAGUUGUGGAAUGAUUUGAAAAUCAACUCCCUGACGAGGUCAUUCACAUUGCUAUACACGCUCUCGCUCCUCACGCUCCUGACGCGCAUUCAAUUGAACCUCCUUGGCCGACGAAACUACCUUUCCAGUGUCGUGGCACUUGCAUCCCCUCCACAGAAUCCGUCUACAAUCAGCCUCGAAGAUGAUGACAACCCGGACCAAUCAUUUGGCAACGAUUUUGAAACGAAUAGACGAUAUCUGACAUUCAGUUGGUGGUUAUUGCAUCGAGGGUGGAAUGACUUGAUGAACGAAGUUGAAGCUGCAGUCAAAGAUAUAUUUGGAGGAGUAAAUCCUAGGGAGGAUAUGAGCCAUGAAAGGCUUUCAGAAUUGACUCUUGCCGUUCGGAAAAGGGUCGAAGGCGCUACAAGCCAAGAGCGACGGAAUAGUGUACGGAAAUGGCUUCCCUAUUUGCUACCUCCGCAAGAGCAAGAAGACUAUGUACUCCGGGAGUCAGGCGUCCUCUCCGCCGCAGAAGCGUCUCCGCAGAGCGCCGUAACCCUGAGAACCCUCCUUGACGAAACCGCCGACCUAAUCGACUCACCAUCAUUUACGCACGUUUUUUCUCUAUUGAACAAUGAAGCAUUCUCUUAUCUCAUUGACACCAAAUGCGCAGCAGAAGCCUUCAAAGGGUCGUGCCAAACGCAACAACGAGAGCAGUCUUUGCCGUUUUCCUCCGCAGCCACGAUAGUUCCCGUUGCUGAUUCGCCAGCUCCGAAAGCAAAGCUCGCCUCUAUUUUAGCCGUCAUAUCUCGCCAGGCGCACGUCAUAGGCAAUGGCAUCAGCCCACCUAACGAGUAUCUAUCGAUAAUGGAGCGUGAGGUCCGUGAGUUAGAGGCUUUUGCGGCGGUUAUCUAUAGCAGUAACUUUGACAUACACCCUUCGGUUUCCCUUCUCGAGACCGAAGCAGUUUCGGUGAAUCCCUCGGCCGAUGUGGAGGAUCCCCCAGGCGGCGAAGCAAGUAUCAUUGAAAUGCCAGCGUCAGUGACGAACCUUGAUCAGAAGGAAACUGCCAUUCGUUCCGUUGAGACGGGGGACGAAUCAGGGUUCGAAAAUGUGUGGGGAAAGGCUGUUGAACAGCGUUGA